AUGGAACCAAAUAGUGAAAGGGACUUACUAAUAAACCAAACACAAAAAGGAGUUGGAGUAAAAUGUGAUAUUGUCAAUGAAUGUCAGAUGUUUUUGAAAGCAGAAGAAGGCGGAGGUGAUGCACAUUCAAUAAUGCAUGACCCUGCUUCAGCAACUGAUAAAAGUAAAAAUAAUUUUGUUCCUGUUCCUCAGCAAGAUGUAAAGGAGUUUUCAUCUGAAGAAACAUUAGCUGAAUCAAACACAGAUAAUGAAGGUACUAGUAGUAGACAGUCAUUAAACGAAAGUGUCCAAGCGCAGCAUGGUUCAAUUAACACUGAGUCACCAGACUUUAAGGAGGAAGGCUUGCCAAAUACGGUCACUGUAUUGGAUGCUCCAAAUGGUGGUAAAGUGUAUCUGGUUGGCACGGCUCAUUUCAGUAUACAGUCCCAGGAAGAUGUAUCAAGGGUGAUACAAGAAGUCUCACCACACAUAGUGAUGGUGGAGUUAUGUGAGCAAAGGACCAGUAUAUUAUUACUCGACGAGGAAGUUAUUUUAAGGGAAGCCAAAAACAUUAAUAUUAAGAAGAUUAGGGCAACGAUGGCUCAAAACGGAGUUUUUAAUGGGUUAAUGUAUAUAUUACUGCUGAAUAUGUCGGCCCACAUUACCAGGGAGCUAGGCAUGGCUCCAGGUGGGGAAUUCCGAAGGGCUAUGGCAGAGGCGAAGAAGAUCCAGAACUGCAUCGUGCAAUUGGGAGACCGGGCCAUUGACAUCACCUUGCAUAGAGCCAUCGCUUCACUUUCUUGGGGACAGACUUUCCGUUUCAUAUGGCAUCUGCUGACGUACAAUCAGAGUAUAAGUUUGGAAGAAGUAGAGAAAUGUAAGCAAAAAAAGAUGCUAGAGGAUAUGCUGGAAGAGAUGUCCGACGAGUUUCCGGCUCUGAAGAGGGUGUUCGUGGUCGAGAGGGACAUGUACCUCUGCCAUUCGCUACAGGUCGCCGCGCUGCAGAUACGUCGUGAGCCAUGCCGCAUUGUGGGCGUGGUGGGAAUAGGGCACAUGGCGGGCAUCGUGGAGCAUUGGGGCAAGAUCACUUCGGAGGACAUCGCUCCGUUGCUCAUCAUCCCCCCUCCGUCCCUUUCGACCCGUAUCCUGCGCGUGACCGUUCGAGCGGCGUGCGUGGGUGCAUUGAUCUACGCCGGGUACAAGCUCAUACCGCGGCGUUGGCUGCCUUGA